CGGUACAGUGCUUGUAUGGAUGUACCGUCAAAACAUUAACAGCUUCCGUUUCCUCUAAGAAUUGUAACGUAUCAAGACACUGGAGGGAAACGUCAAGCGCGUGAGAUGAAAUGACAACGUCAACACUGCAGAAAGCGAUCGAUCUGGUGACUAAAGCCACAGAGGAGGACAAAGCAAAGAACUAUGAAGAGGCUUUGAGACUGUACCAGCAUGCUGUGGAGUAUUUUCUUCAUGCUAUAAAGUAUGAAGCACAUAGUGACAAGGCAAAGGAAAGCAUACGUGGGAAGUGUAUGCAGUAUCUUGACAGAGCAGAAAAGCUCAAAGACUAUCUGAAGAACAAGGAAAGACAACAAGGCAAAAAACCAGUGAAGGAGACUCAAAGCAAUGACAAAAGUGACAGUGACAGUGAGGGAGAAAAUCCAGAGAAGAAGAAACUUCAAGAGCAUCUGAUGGGUGCUAUUGUGAUGGAGAAACCCAAUGUGAGGUGGAGUGAUGUAGCUGGACUCGAGAUGGCAAAAGAAGCCCUGAAGGAAGCUGUGAUUCUGCCUAUCAAAUUCCCCCAUCUGUUCACAGGAAAGCGUACUCCAUGGAGGGGGAUUCUUCUGUUUGGGCCCCCUGGCACAGGAAAGUCUUACCUGGCCAAAGCGGUCGCCACCGAGGCCAAUAAUUCCACCUUCUUCUCUGUAUCAUCAUCAGACCUCGUGUCGAAGUGGCUGGGCGAGAGUGAAAAACUGGUGAAGAAUCUGUUCGAUCUGGCUCGCCAGCAUAAGCCCUCCAUUAUCUUCAUAGAUGAGGUGGAUUCUCUUUGUGGAUCCAGGAAUGAGAAUGAAAGUGAAGCUGCGCGGAGAAUCAAAACAGAGUUUCUAGUGCAAAUGCAGGGUGUUGGUAAUAAUAAUGAUGGAGUUUUGGUUCUGGGUGCUACCAACAUUCCCUGGGUUCUUGAUGCUGCUAUCCGCAGAAGGUUUGAGAAGCGCAUCUACAUCCCUCUGCCUGAGGAGCCGGCACGGGCCUCCAUUUUCCGCCUGCAUUUGGGUAACACGCCUCACAGUCUGACAGAGGUGGACCUGCGACAGCUGGCCCGCAAGACAGAUGGGUACUCUGGAGCUGACAUCAGCGUCAUAGUACGAGAUGCCCUCAUGCAGCCCGUCAGGAAAGUGCAGUCUGCUACACAUUUUAAAAAGGUGCGAGGACCCUCUCGCAGUAACAUUACGUUGAUGGUGGAUGACCUCCUGACCCCAUGUUCUCCUGGUGACCCUGACGCUAUAGAGAUGACCUGGAUGGAUGUACCUGGUGACAAACUACUGGAGCCCAUAGUGUGCAUGUCUGAUAUGCUGCGUUCACUGGCGACCACACGGCCCACCGUCAACACAGAAGACCUGCUGAAGGUCAAGAAGUUCACAGAGGAUUUCGGACAGGAAGGCUGAACCACAAUACAUACCUGCACUCCAAACAUUGAUUCAUUUGUAGCUGUCUCAACCAAACCAGGACUACCUGCUUUCAAAAGGCAACGGUGAUCAUCAGCAUGUUAUCUGAUCUAAUGUCUCUAAUGGCCCAACACUACAGAACAUUUCAGAGUUUUAACUGUCUGGCAAGAUAGGUGUGUUUAUGCUUGCUAAAUUGUGUUUACAUAAUCAGAUUUGUUGACGCAUAUGUUCUGUACAUAGUAUUGUUUUGUCUCUUUUCCCCUGUAUCCAGACGAGUUAAUUAAUUGUCCAGUGGAUUACAGCUCAAAAAUAAUCUCAUCGAUAUUUAUUUUAAUUUAUUCGUAUUACUUUGAUAAGUAAGGGAAUGUGACAGAUCAAAUUGAGCUUUAUUAAUAUCUAUUGUGUCCAGCACUUUAUCAGAUAUACUUGGUCUGAGUAAAUCAUCUCAUGUCUGCAUUCAUAUAUCCAUGCUCGCUGAUAAAUUGUUCCCCAGGGGAGUUUAACAAAAUUGACAUUUUCGUAUUUAUUGACAGUGUUAUUUAGAUUUAUGCGUCUACGAUUCACCUGCAGAUUUAUUUAAGCGUACUGUUGAAGCCGAUAUGUUAACAUGAAGGCAUGUUAAAUGCAGUGUUACCGCAGCACAGCAUGAUUUGUCUCUGUUAUUCCCGAGGUUAAUAUCUGUAAAUCUGGAGGUUAGAGUUCUAUAUGACAGUUUUCUCGUGUCUUCAUGUUAACCAUUAGCUGUCAAUUGUUUUGAUGAACACCAUUGUUCUGAACUGAUAAAGCUUAUUUGUGUGAAGUUA